ACGCUAAAGAUUUUGCAAUAAAUAUGAAUCGUCUGUGCAGUUAAAAACAGAAUUCUCAUUGACUAGUAUUUAUCAGCCAAACACAACAAAAUAAUAAUCAUUCCAUGAAUUUCAUCUCAAGUUUUUUUUUUUUAAUAAAAUAAAAUGAUUUCGCAUGUUCCGUCCAUCUCAAUCGAAUACACUUUGCAGAUUCAUAGUAUUUACCAAAUCGAGUAAAAGAAAUCAACAGUAUGAAUACGCUUAAAAGAAACAGAUACGUAAUGACAUAAUGAUGCCAGAAGAGAGGAGGAGACAUGCGUGACGUCGAAGAGACUCCAAAACGACACACAUUUGGAAUAAUAAAUCUAUCAAUAAAAAAGUUAAAAAACAGAUCAGAUCGGAUCCAGAGACAUAAAAAAUACGUUAAAGAAAUAAAGAGCAUAUAAACCCUGCAUCACUCCACCUUUAUUGCAGUCAACGUGCUCCGAGAUGGUUACUAAAUCUCCCCACGCGCUUUUUACGGCGCGUUAAGUAUUCCCUCCUUUUUUUUAUGCACUAGAGUGAAACCCACGCGCUGAUGUGUGAGAGUAGAAGGAGAGCAACUCAGUCCCGCUCUUUAAAACCUCCGUCUUCGUUCUUCAAACGGUAUAAAGCAGUCAUAACCUCUCUUCUUCUUCUUCUUCCCAACAAUGGCGGAACCUGCUGUAGACAGUUUCUACAAUUCUAGCUUCGAGCUUGGGAACUCGAUCUCCGAUCUCGACGUUGACUUCGAGUUGACUUUCGAAGACCUCUACUUUCCUUCCGAGGGCGAGUCCUUCUUCAUCCCUGUUGAGGUGGAGGAGAAAGCUACUACUACGUGUAAGACGUCCAUGACGAAGAGGAAGAACGAGAUUGAAGAAGAUACAUCGAGGAGCUAUAAGUACAGAAGAAUGGAUGAAGAAGAUGAUGAGAAGAAGGAAGCGAGGCUGGUUAGAAACCGUGAAAGUGCUCUGCUUUCGAGACAGAGGAGGAAGCACUACGUAGAGGAGCUUGAAGACAAAGUCAAGAACUUGCAAUCCGUUAUAACGGAUUUGAACAGUAAAGUCUCUUACUUUGCGUCUGAGAACGCUACUCUGAGGCAUAAGGUGGGUCCCGGAAAGGGCAUGUGCUGGCCACCGUGUGGAAUGUAUCUAGGUUCUGGUCAAGUAGUGCCUUUGCUUCCUAUUCCUCGGUUGAAACCACAACGAUCCGUGGCCAAGGUGAAGAAGACCAAGAAGGUUGCUAGUGUUAGUGUUCUUGGUCUUCUGUUUUGUUUAUUUUUGUUUUCUGCAUUGGCUCCUAUUAUUGUGAACGUUAGCUACGGAGGAAGAGUUUUAGAUGUGUCAGUUAAUAAUAGUAGUGAGCUACUAGUGGCAUCACUAUUUGUUCCGAGGAAUGAGAAGCUUGUGAAGCUCGAUGGAAACUUGAUUAUUCAUUCUAUUUCGGCGAGCGAGAAAGACACGGCUUCUGAAACGAAGCCUGCACGGCGUUCAUCUGACUCUACAAACAUUAGGGAUAUGUCUAAGCACCUUAAUACCGAAAAGCAGAAAGCUUUUCCAUCUUCUUGCUCUGAUGAUUCGAAGGAGAAACUCAACUCAACAACAUCCAACGGUGAAAUGCAGCAAUGGUUUCGUGAAGGUGUUGCAGGUCCAAUGUUCAGUUCAGGGAUGUGCACCGAAGUGUUUCGGUUUGAUGUCUCCUCAACCUCUGGAGCCAUUAGACCUGCUUCUCAACAGCCUAAGAACACCACCGAUACACACAAGGGAAAGAAUAACAGAAGAAUCCUCCGUGGUGGUCAUCCAUUAUCUGAUUCUAACCUAACCAAAGAUCAAAACAACUCUAGCAAAGACAACUUCAGCACAACCAAGCCAUUCCCAUCAAUGGUUGUAUCUGUGCUUACUGAUCCCAGAGAAGAAGGCAGUGACGAAGACAUCAAUGGUGUAACUGGCGAUACAAAAUCACUGUCUCGUUUAUUCAUAGUCGUUCUUGUUGACAGUGUCAAGUAUGUAACCUACUCCUGCGUCCUUCCACGACCAGAAGAAGUCCCUCAUCUUGUAACCACUUGACUUUCUCUGUAUAUAAAAAACCACAAGAAAAAGUUUUCACACCAAA